CAUUGGGCUGCACAACUGCGGGGGAUGCAAGGCCUCUACGACUGCGUACGGCUCCAACUAUGCAAUCAAGAUGACGUACAUUGUCAAUUUGUUGCGCGUAAAGAAUGUCCUCCCCAAGGACUCAGUCGUCGCAACGCUACGUGGCACCCAAACGCAAGCCCUGACCGUCGCCCCGACUUUCGCCCCCAGCCCUUCGAAAUGCACUGUCGUGGAAGAAAAUGUGGCCUACUUUGGCUAUCAUCUCGCUUCCACCCAACGAAGCGAGGUGUCCUUGUGCUGUGGCGACUGCGAUAUCACGCCUGGAUGCAAGUUGUUUGUGUGGACAACGGACAACGGUGGCACUUGCUGGUUAAAAUCGGAUGUGGGCACGAAGGUCGCCAGCGUCGGGGUCAAAUCGGCUGUAUUGGCUAACCCCAUGGCCACGGCGUCUCCUCCUACACCGCCUAGGUGUAGCCCCAUCGAAGUCAACAAAGACUUUUACGGGGAAGACAUCGCUGCUAUUCCUGGCCCCCUCGAAAGCUGCUGCGUGGCGUGUGAAUCGAUGGACAAGUGCAAUGCUUUUAGCUGGUUCAACGACAUCUGCUACCUUAAAGGCAAGCGCACCAGCCCUUCCCUCACCAGUGGCGUCUAUUCAAGCCGAGUGUAUAAGUGCUCUGCGGUGGAAUCUGGGGUGGAUUACUUCGGUGCAGAUAUUGGCAGUGCGUUUGCUGACGCGGUGGAAGAUUGCUGUGCAGUGUGCCGUUCGACUGCCGAUUGCAAGGCGUUUUCGUUUGCGUUUGGAGUGUGCUACUUGAAGAGCAGCAAAGGUAUCGCAAAGCCGAAUAGCGUCGUGGCGUCGGCAGUUUUGUAGACGCGUACUGGAGAAAUCAUAGGUACCGAAGAGGACUACACUCCGAAAAAGUGAUCAUAAAUUGGUCAUUUAUGUUAUGGUACUACCGGUACACUAAUUCGUUCAAAAUAUGGCACCGUUAAGGUGAUGCUACAUAUAUUGGCAGCGAUCCAUCCGAGCACAGCGCAAAACACUUGAGACGAAA